GCUGCAGCCACAGCUUUUGUGGUGGCAGUGAGAAUUGGAAGUGUUUAUUUGCUGAGCUGCUUUUUCUAUUGCGAAAUAUCUAUUAACAAUCGUUGGCCAUGACACAGGUGUUUAUCAAUGGAGCAAGAGACGAGCCCAAUGUGCGGGAGUUCGAGAGCUUGGAUCCUUCGAUUCAAGAGCUCAUCCUGGCAGCCACGGAAGCCAGGAAGCAGGCUUAUUGUCCGUACAGCAACUUUGCCGUGGGAGCUGCUUUGAGGACCAGCGAUGGCACCAUCUACUCCGGUUGCAACAUAGAGAACGGGGCGUAUGCCACCUGCAUUUGUGCGGAGCGCACUGCAGCCGUCAAGGCCAUAAGCGAAGGCAAACGUGACUUUGUGGCCUGUGCGGUGGUGGCCCAGCAGGAUAAUGGCUUCACCACGCCCUGCGGCGUCUGCCGGCAGUUCCUCUCCGAGUUCGUCAACGGCAAGGACAUCCCCCUGUACGCAGCCAGGCCGACCAAUCUUCCACUGAGGGUGCUCUGCACCAGCGUUCUCCAACUGCUGCCCAACGGCUUCAGCUUCUCGAACGGAAAAUAGGAAAGUGGGAAUAGGAACCUGACAGGGUGCAAGCCCGCUGCAAUCCAUGUGCAAUACUGUGAAAUACUAUGUGACUCCCAGUUUGUUUAAUUCUGUAAACCCACCCCUCGUUAUUUGUUGAUUGAACUGCUUAUACAUGACAACCGCUCGCA